AUGGCGCAAAACGCCGCCGCGGCGACGAGCGUUCGAGUCGUCACAUACAACAUCCUCGCGCAAGUAUACGCCAAGAGCGCGUGGUUUCCGUGGACGCCGCGCGCGCUGAUGAAGUCGAAAGCGCGCCGCGCGAAUGUACAGAAAAAACUACUCGCGCUCGACGCCGACUUAAUGGCGCUUCAAGAGCUCGAUGGGUACGAGCCGAGCGAAGAGAACGACGCGCGAUGGAAGUCUUGGUUGCGCGAACACGGGUACGAGUCGCGGUACGUGCAGCGGACGAAGAAGAGUAACGCGAAAAAGGAUGGAAGCUGCGUGGCGUGGCGCGCGUCGACGUUCGCUUUGGAAGAUUCGCGGAAUUUGGAAUACAACGAUAUCGGCUACGAUUUGUACGGCCGAGACGAUGCGAACGACGAAACGAACGAAAACGAGGCGCGUCGACGGUACUUGCGAGACUGCGUGGGGAAUUUAACGCUGCUUCGGCGAAUCAAAGACGGCGCGCUCGUCGUCUUCGCGUCGACUCACCUGUACUGGGAUCCGGAAUGUGCCGACGUAAAGCUCGCGCAGGCGAAAAUGUUGAUCGCCGAGUGCGUCAAGUUUCGCGACGAGGCGCUAAUUCGAGCCGAAGGGCGUCCCGUGCACGUCAUCAUCGGCGGCGAUUUCAACUCGGAUCCGCAAAGCGACGUGUACGGCGCGAUGAACGCGGCUUUCACGUCUGUCUCGAAUGGACGAGAACCACAGUUCACGAACGUCACGCCGAGUUUCACUGCGUGCAUUGAUUAUGUGUUUCUGUCAUCCGGUGUUCGUGUCGUCGCCGUGGAUGAACAGCCCGCGCGAGACACUCUCGGCGAAGGCUUGCCGAACACCGGACACCCGAGCGACCAUCUUCCAGUCGCUGCGAAGAUUGAAUUCGAUUAA